UUAUAGAGAGAGAAACAAUUAUUUAUGCAUAAAGGGUAUAUCGUAGUUUGUAGAGAUAGAGAGAGAAAGUAGAAACAAAGUGAGAAAAAGAAGAGAGAGAAAAUAAAGGUACUAUUUUUAUAUAUAUGUAUAUAUAUAAUAUAAUAUAGUGAGAGAAAGAUGGUUGAGUGCCCUAACAAAAGCCAGGAGGAGGAAGAAGCAGCAGAGAGAGGAGAGAGAGAGAGAGCAGAACCUUUGUCUUUGUUGUCCUUGUCACAGAUAUAGUUAGAGAGAGAAAGAGUAUAUAUAUAUAUAAAAUGGUAUAUAGAGAGAGAAAGUGAGGGUUGGUGGUGGUGCUGCAGCAGAACAGAGUUUAGCUAGGAGAGAGAGAGAGAAAAGGAAUAAUAAAAAAGAGGCUUUCAGAAACCCUAACCCUAGAAAAAAUGGUUAUUUCUCAGUGAGAAAGACAAAACGAUUUUUGUAUAUAUAUAUAUUAUUAUUGUAUCUUUGUGUUGUGUAGAUGAGAUUAGAUGAGAUGAGAUGAGAUGAGAUUCGAGUGAAACUUUUGCUCUGCGAUUUGGUUUGUCUUUCGAGCUCUCUUUCGCUCUUUCUCUGUGUGUUGAGAUCUUUGUUCUGCAACUUCAAAAUUUAGGGUUUUUUGUUUUGAUUGAGUUGGUUUGAAAAGGUUGUUUGGUUAAGUUUGAAGUUGAAAAUUUUCUUGUGGGGGAAGUGCAUUUCCUUUGAUUGUUACAGUUUCUUGGCUCUUUUUUGGGGGAAAAACCCACAAAUAUAAAUUUUUGGUGGUUUAAGCUUGGAUCUUUGCACUGGAGCGCUUAGGAUUACCGGGGACAAUGUCUUCGUUAAGUAGGGAAUUGGUGUUCUUAAUUUUACAGUUUUUAGAUGAGGAGAAGUUCAAGGAGACUGUUCACAAAUUAGAGCAAGAGUCUGGUUUCUUCUUCAAUAUGAAACAUUUUGAGGAUCAAGUCCAGGCUGGAGAGUGGGAUGAAGUUGAGCGCUAUUUAUGCGGGUUUACCAAGGUUGAAGAUAAUCGGUAUUCAAUGAAGAUUUUCUUUGAAAUCAGGAAACAAAAGUAUUUGGAAGCUCUUGAUAGGCAGGAUAGAGCUAAAGCUGUUGAGAUUCUUGUAAAGGAUCUUAAGGUUUUUGCAUCUUUCAAUGAGGAACUUUUCAAGGAGAUCACCCAGUUACUGACUCUUGAUAAUUUUAGGCAAAAUGAGCAGCUUUCCAAGUAUGGGGACACAAAAUCAGCCCGAAACAUCAUGCUUAUCGAACUUAAAAAGUUAAUUGAGGCAAAUCCUUUGUUUCGUGAUAAACUUGCAUUCCCAGCUUUCAAAAGUUCGCGUCUAAGGACCUUAAUUAAUCAGAGUCUAAAUUGGCAGCAUCAACUUUGCAAGAAUCCUCGUCCAAACCCUGAUAUAAAAACACUAUUUACCGAUCAUUCUUGCAACCCAACUGCUAAUGGAUCUCGUCCUCCACCUACAAACAAUCUUGUUGGACCAAUUCCCAAGGCUGGUGCAUUUCCUCCUAUUGGUGCCCACGGUCCAUUUCAACCAGUUGUGUCCCCAUCUCCUACUUCCAUUGCUGGUUGGAUGUCGAAUUCUAAUCCAUCUUUGUCUCAUCCUUCUGUGGCAGGACCACCUCCUGGACUUGUUCAGCAAUCUAGUGCGGCUGCAUUCUUGAAACACCCAAGGACUCCUACAGGUGUGACGGGGAUGGAUUAUCAAUCAGCUGACUCAGAGCACUUGAUUAAGCGCAUUCGUACUGGACCUUCUGAUGAGGUAUCAUUCUCUGGCGUAAUGCAUUCUGGUGCUUAUUCACAAGAUGACAUUCCCAAAAAUCUUGUGCGGACCCUUAGUCAAGGAUCUAAUGUUAUGAGCAUGGAUUUUCAUCCUCAGCAACAAACUAUACUGCUAGUUGGGACAAAUGUUGGUGACAUUAGUCUUUGGGAAGUUGGCUCUCGGGAGAGGAUGGUACAUAAACCGUUUAAGGUUUGGGAUAUACAAUCUGCUUCAAUGCCAUUGCAGUCAGCUUUGUUAAGUGAUGCUGGAAUAUCUGUGAAUCGGUGUGUUUGGGGAUCAGAUGGGCUAAUGCUUGGAGUUGCAUUUUCAAAGCACAUUGUCCAGAUAUAUACUUACAAUCCAACUGGAGAACUCCGACAACAUUUGGAGAUCGAUGCUCAUGUGGGUGGUGUUAAUGACAUUGCUUUUGCCCAUCCCAAUAAGCAACAUUGCAUUGUUACUUGUGGAGAUGAUAAGAUGAUCAAGGUAUGGGACGCUGUAGCUGGACGCAGACUAUAUAUAUUUGAAGGUCACGAAGCUCCAGUAUAUUCUGUUUGUCCUCAUUACAAAGAAAAUAUUCAGUUCAUAUUUUCAACUGCUAUUGAUGGGAAAAUUAAAGCUUGGCUUUAUGAUUGCUUGGGUUCAAGAGUGGAUUAUGAUGCUCCUGGACAAUGGUGCACUAUGAUGUCAUAUAGUGCAGAUGGAACUAGGCUCUUCUCAUGCGGAACAAGUAAGGAGGGCGAAUCCCAUCUUGUAGAGUGGAAUGAAAGUGAAGGAGCUAUCAAACGUACAUAUUCUGGUUUUAGGAAGAGAUCUUUAGGUGUUGUUCAGUUUGACACAACAAGAAAUCGGUUCUUAGCUGCUGGUGACGAAUUUCAAAUUAAGUUCUGGGAUAUGGACAGUACCAACAUGUUGACAGCUGUUGAUGCCGAUGGGGGUUUGCCUGCUAGUCCUAGAUUGAGAUUUAACAAAGAAGGGUCAUUGUUGGCAGUCACAACAAAUGACAACGGCAUUAAGAUUUUAGCUAACAAUGAUGGGUUGCGCCUGAUAAGGAUGCUGGAGAGCAGGGCUAUGGAUAAGAGCCGAGGCCCUUCUGAGCCUAUCAAUUCUAAGCCACUGAUUGUUAAUGCACUAGGCCCAGUGUCCAAUGUUUCUCCUGCUGUUGCUCAAAGCAUGGAACGUCCUAAUAUAAUGCCUCCUUCCGUGUCUAUCAGUAGUCAUAGUCCUGCAGAAAAUAGCAGACUUGUCGAUGUUAAACCACGCAUUGUUGAUGAUGUAGACAAAAUUAAGAGCUGGAAGAUUCCAGAUAUUGCAGAUCCAUCUCUUAUUAAACCUUUGCGAUUGCCUGAUUCCGGAAAUGCUGCAAAGGUGGUUAAGCUGAUUUACACGAAUAAUGGCCUAACUUUGCUGGCACUCACUUCAAAUGCUGUUCAUAAGCUCUGGAAAUGGCAGCGUAGUGAAAGAAAUCCGUCGGGAAAGGCUACUGCUUGUAUCAUGCCCCAGUUGUGGCAGCCUCCUAGUGGAACUCAUAUGACAAACGACAUAAAUGAAAAUAAACCACCCGAGGAAUCUGGCGCAUGCAUUGCUUUAUCUAAAAAUGAUUCUUAUGUUAUGUCAGCAUCUGGCGGAAAGGUUUCGUUGUUCAACAUGAUGACUUUUAAGGUGAUGACAACUUUUAUGCCCCCUCCUCCUGCGGCAACAUUUUUGGCAUUCCAUCCUCAAGACAACAAUAUUGUUGCCAUCGGAAUGGAGGAUUCUACAAUUCAAAUUUACAAUGUUCGGGUUGAUGAGGUUAAAACUAAACUUAAAGGUCAUCAGACACGGAUUACAGGGCUUGCAUUUUCUCAAACCCUUAAUGUGUUGGUUUCUUCAGGAGCUGAUGCUCAGUUGUGUAUGUGGAGCAUUGAUGGAUGGGAAAAGAAGAAAGUAAGAUCCAUACAAGCGCAAGUUGGUCGUCAACCCCCGUCAUCUGGAGAAACUAAAGUUCAGUUUCAUAAUGAUCAAACCCAUCUGUUGGUUACCCAUGAAACUCAGAUCGGCAUUUAUGAUAGCAAGCUCGAAUGUAUACGUUCAUGGUAUCCAAAAGAAGCACUUGCAGCUCCCAUCUCGAGUGCAAUAUACUCGUGUGACGGAUUGCUGGUGUACGUUUCCUUCUGUGAUGGUGCGGUUGGUGUUUUUGAUGCUGAUAGCUUGAGACUCAGAUGUCGAAUAGCGCCUUCUGCUUACUUACAAUCGUCGGUUCUCAGCAACAGCUCGGUCUAUCCUGUAGUCAUUGCAGCUCACCCGUCUGAGCCUAACCAAGUUGCACUGGGAAUGACAGACGGCUCGGUACAUGUAGUGGAGCCAUCAGAUGUGGAGCUGAAAUGGGGCGGAACACCUUCUCAAGAUAACGGGUCACUCCCUUCGAAUUCAUCGAACCCUUCACUGAGUGGCCAAGCCUCGGAACAACACCCUUCUAGGUGAUUGGUGGUGAUGAUGAUGAUGAUAUGAGUACAGACAAAAGGCAGCCAUGGUUUUAUGAAAUAUUUUUAGAUAUUACUAUUUUCUUUUUCUUUUUUUUUGGUGAUUUUUAUUUAUUUAAUUUUUAAAAAGUCGUUAAAUUUGUUGUAAAUGUUUUGAGUCUCAUUUGGGAAAUGAAGAAGUGUAGGGAGUUGAGUUGGGUUGGGUUGGGUUGUAAAUGGCUGUGGUUGUAAUGAAAUACAUUGGAAGAAGAUGAUGAUGAUCAUAACCCUUGAGAAGAGGCCAAUUUGCCUUCCAACAAUGUUUUUUAGGUGGUUUUCUUUAUACAUAUUUUUACAUAUAUAUUUAUAUUAUAUCA